AUGAGCCAGCAUGAGCCUCAUGCUGUUGACGUUGCGCGGAAUUUGCCUUGCGCCAGGAUUCUUUUGAGCUUCAAUCCCAAUAUCCAGUCUCCCUCCAAGCUGGCGAUGGAAGUCAUCACAGGACUGUCGCGCCGCUCUCCCUGGAUGACGUGCGGGGCAGCUGAAGACAUUGAUGCCAGUACUUCACGCCAUGGUCCCCCCUUCACUUCAUCGCUCUCACUUUCAACCGAAGCUGGCGUACUUCAUGAUUGUGCUACCGGGCAUUUACGUCGGUCCAUGCCCUUUGCUAUCACACCACCUGAGCCCCAGCCUCUGGGCCAACUGUACACCUACCAGAAGCUGCAAACCCCAGGAGAUAUUCGGACCGUGACCCUAUUCCCAGGUGAUUUCAAAGAUGAUAUCGUCAUCCGUAUUUCUUGCGCCAUGCUGCGACUCUCCAACUUCAAUCCCACACCCCAAACUCGCAUGACACUGGAAGAAGUCACCGCAACCUUACCUCCAGGCUGGACAGUGGGCGAAACCUGGGACAACCGGUACAUCUUCGGACGCGUGGACCAUGGCAGGAGGGAAGAGCGCCUCUCCCGAACGUCUUGGUCUCAUCCAGAUUCUUUGAUGGAUCCUUCCGGAUACGUGAAGUCCGAAUCCGAUGAUGAUGGUCAUAUCAUGAGAGCAGAGCCAAGGUAUGAGGCCCUGUCGUACAAGUAUACCUGGGGCUCUAGCGCGAAGCCAGAGGUGACCUUCGUCUGGACCGACACCCGAGAUACUCCCGCUCCCAUCCGUGCGAAAAAGUUCAAGGGACCGAUUCCUUCCGGCUACACGCACCUUCUCAUCGGGAUAAACCUCGCAGCAGCUAUGCGCCAACUACGACAUCGAGAUCAUCACCGCAUUCUCUGGAUUGACGCCCUGUGCAUCAACCAACUCCACAUUCUCGAGGGCAACGCCCAGGUUCACCGCAUGAGCGACAUCUUCAGACUCGCAGAGAGAGUCAUAUUCUGGUUAGGAGAAAGAGAUCGUCUUACCUACAGCGCCAAAACCUGGCUGGCCAUCAAGAAACUCCUGAGCCGCCCCUGGUUCACCCGCCAAUGGAUCGUUCAAGAAAUUCGUCUUGCCAAACCCUCAAAUACCAUCAUUCGCUGCGGGAGAAGCGAAACCUCCUUCACCCACUUCCGCAGUGCCAUCGCCAACCUCUACAUCAAAUCAUCCCUACACCCCUGUCUCCCACGGUCCUUACUUCUACUAGACCUUGUUCGCCCUGAGAAUGGUCGAACACCGCUAUCGGAUGUACUCCUCUACCUCGGCAAAUCAGGGUAUGCAGACAUGCGCGAUCGCGUUUUGGGUCUCCACGGCUUGCUUAGCCCGGUGUUUAAGGAGAAAUUGAGGCCGGAUUACAGCAAGAGCGUGUACCAAGUGUACAGGGAGACGUUCCUUGCCUAUUCAGGGCACGCAAAACGCUUGGGGCUGUUGCAAAAAUGUUACCUGAACAAGUCAGAGACGUUAAAGAAGUCGCCGAGUUGGAUGCUGGACCUGAGUGAUUUGAGCGUGCCUACAAUCGUGAAGCAUCAGUUUGCGGCGGGGUUUUCUCGCUGCUACACCAAACUUGUCCCCGAAAGCCCGAACGUGCUCACAGUGAUGGGAGUGAGGUGUACCACCAUCAAGACGAUUAGAGAUCCGUUCCCGAAAAAGUCGAAAGAGUUGCUACGAGCAGUAAGAGACCAUACGGCCAGGGAACUUGCUGAGAAUGAGGGAUCAACUUACGUAACCGGCGAACCCUUCAAAACGGCCUUUUCGAAGACGGUAUGCUGCAACUACCUCCAUCAACGUCUUACGGACGUGGUGUGGUAUCCGACUCUGGAAAGCUGGCUGUGGCAGGAUUCCGCGCAUGCCUUUUUUGGUCCUCGCGCGCAACUUCCAUCCCCAAAACCUUCCGCAAUCACGGACUGCGAAACCAACAAAUCCAGCAACUGGUACGAAGCAGACCUCGAAACUCGCCUCUGGCACCGCCGCUACGUUACAACUCACGAGGGUUUCAUCGGCAUUGGUCCGCCGGACGUUCAGGAGGGGGAUAUCAUCUGUGUGUUCCUAGGUUUCGACACGCCGGUCGUCUUGCGCCCAUUGCCUCGGUCUCCCUCUCGACCCCCAUUGCAACCACUCUCAGGACCUUCAACUUCACCUUUAGCAGUAGCCAGCACCAGCGACAAAUACCUCUUCGUAGGCCCCGUCGUCAUCUACGGUCUCCACGAUUCCCUCUCCCUCCUCGGCCCGCUUCCCACUCCUUGGCGGGUCAUUCGCAAGGAUGGUAUCUGUGCAGGGCACGAUGAUUCGGCGGUGUUUCAACGGUUCAGGAAUCAAGUAACGGGGGAUAUCAUCACUCAUGACCCCAGAAUGAGUCCUGAGGUUUUGAGGGCGAGGGAUGUACCGAUACGGGAAUUCGUCCUCGUGUAG